GGUACCAAAAUUGACAUAAUAAGAAAGAAAAACACACAAAAAAAGUCGCAAAACCAGCCCAAUGGCUUUGCCAUUACAUAGCACCAUACCAGAACCAAGCUCAUGACCGGGGCUGAAGAUUUUGCGCUCCCAACACGUAAUGCGCAAGUUAGCCUCAAUCCCUCUCUCUCUCAUCUAGUAUAACACUUUUACAAGGUAACGCCGACCUUUCUCUUUCUCUCUCCUGAACUCUGUCACCACUCACCCGCCCUAUACAACACCACCCUCUCUCUCUCUCUCUCUCUCUCUCUAGAAUUUUGCGAAAAAGAAAGCUUUCCAUUCCAAAACUCAAAAUUUUCACUAUUUCCGUGAUUAAAUUGGGAUUUUGGUCUAAUAAAUUAAGUUUCUUAUUCUUCCCUCUCUCUUUUUGCUCGCUGAGGCAGUUAGAGAGAAACUCCGCUUUGAAACAGAUCCCUAUUUCUCUCUCUAACUCUUCUCUCUCCAAUUCGAUCCUUUUCUUCGUCAAAUUCUCAGGCAUUCUCUUCUCCGAAGUCUCUUUCUUCGUCGGAAUUUCUUUCUCCGGUGCUAGUUUGCGGAAUUCUCUCCGACGCUUGUUGUCUUCUCGAUUGCUCUGUUUCUUGGAAUCUCUCGAAAAUUAGGGUUUAUGAUGCGUGUACGGAGAAUUGGGGUUUUGAUGUGAAAAAUUGAGACUGCUUGUGGGAAGAAGGGGAAGAAGUUUUUUUGGGAUUUGAGGAUUCGCGUUGCGGUUUUUCUGAAUCUCCGACACGAUGAUAAUCAAACGGAAUUUGAAAUCCCAAAUGCCGCGUCUGAAGAGAUGCAAGCCCGGGGAUUCGGCCGGUGACGACGACGAGGGCUCCGCGAGGAAGAAGAGGAAAACGAAUGGUUAUUACCCUCUCAAUCUGCUUGGCGAGGUCGCGGCGGGGAUUAUCCCCGUCAGCCUCCAUGGCUUGGUUCUGAGCUCCGUCGCCGCCGAGAAGGGAUUCUGUGCUUCGUGGUGCACCGAGGUCUCGUUCUCCCCCGCGGUGGAGGAGAUGAAGUCAAACGGCCGAGAUUCGACGGCUGAGAAGAUCAAUGGCAAGGUUGAGGUUCAAAGGCCACCUCUCGUGAGGACUUCGAGGGGUCGAGUUCAGGUUUUGCCUUCUCGCUUUAAUGAUUCUGUAAUUGAGAAUUGGAGGAAAGAAAGUAAGACUAGUUUGCGUGAUUAUAGUUUCGAUGAGGAGAUUGAGUGUAAGAAGGAGAAAUUUAGCUUUAGGACACCGAAAACUUGUAGUCAGAAUGCGAAAAAGACGAAGAACGUCGAUAGGAAUGGAUUUAAGUCCAUGAAGUAUACUGCAUUGUGCGAGGACGAGGAUGGGGAAGUGGAAAAGUACACGGCUGUGAAGAAUUUUUACAUGAAGAAGUAUUCGAGUUCCCGGAGUUCGCUUACUUCAGUACACGAGCAAGUGGUUGAUGAAGAGACGUUCGCAAUGGAGGGACAAGCUGACUUGGCUUCCGCGGAGAGGUUUCGGAAAGAGGGUAGUGAGAGGACUGAUGGGUUUUAUGGACCUGAAGACUUUUAUUCGGGUGAUAUAGUGUGGGCAAAACCAGGGAAGAAGGAGCCCUUUUGGCCUGCCAUUGUCAUCGACCCGAUGUCGCAAGCGCCUGAGCUAGUUUUGAGGGCUUGCAUUGCCGAUGCUGCUUGUGUGAUGUUUUUUGGAUACUCUGGAAACCAAAACCAAAGGGAUUAUGCGUGGGUUAGACGGGGAAACAUUUUUCCAUUUAUGGAUUAUGUAGACAGGUUCCAGGGGCAGUCUGGAGUAAAUGAUUGUGCACCCUGUGAUUUUCAAAUGGCGAUUGAAGAGGCGUUUUUGGCAGAACAAGGAUUUACGGAGAAACUGAUUGCAGAUAUAAACAUGGCUGCUGGGAAUGCAACUUAUGAUGAAUCUAUUCUUAGGGGAUUUCAAGAAGUUACUGGUUCAAACCAGGAUCAGGAUCUAUUUGAUAAGAAGAAAGACACUCGGCCCUGUGAAGGAUGUGGCUCAAUUCUACCUCUUAAAAUGACAAAGAAAAUGAAGGUUUCAACUCCAUCAGAACAGUUUUUGUGCAGAACAUGUGCAAGGUUAAUAAAAUCAAACCACUUUUGUGGCAUAUGCAAGAAAAUCUGGAAUCACGCGGACAGUGGAAGUUGGGUUCGAUGUGAUGGUUGUAAAGUAUGGGUUCAUGCGGAGUGCGACAAAAUUUCCAGCAACCUCUUUAAGAAUUUGGGCGGCACUGACUAUUACUGCCCAACUUGCAAAGCGAAGUUCAAUUUCGAGUUAUCAGAUUCAGAAAAGGGACAACCAAGAGUCAAAUGGAACAAAAGUCAUGGUCAAUUGGUGCUGCCUAACAAGGUUACAGUUGUUUGCAAUGGUGUGGAAGGCACAUAUUUUCCAAGCCUUCACUUAGUUGUCUGCAAAUGUGGGUUUUGCGGCUCUGAAAAGCAAGCACUUAGUGAAUGGGAGCGACACACAGGUUCCAAAUCGAGAAACUGGAAGACAAGUGUUAGGGUGAAAGGUUCUAUGCUGCCACUGGAACAAUGGAUGUUGCAGUUGGCAGAGUAUCACGAAAGUGCUCUUGUGUCUGCAAAGCCUGCUAAAAGGCCUUCUAUGAAAGAACGAAAGCAGAAAUUGCUUGCCUUUUUGCAAGAGAAGUAUGAACCUGUUUAUGCUAAGUGGACCACAGAACGAUGUGCUGUAUGUAGAUGGGUUGAAGAUUGGGAUUACAACAAGAUCAUCAUCUGCAACAGAUGCCAAAUAGCUGUUCAUCAAGAAUGCUAUGGGGCAAGAAACGUUCGGGAUUUCACUUCAUGGGUUUGCAAAGCAUGUGAAACACCUGAAAUCAAGAGAGAAUGUUGCCUCUGUCCUGUUAAAGGAGGUGCUUUAAAGCCAACUGAUAUUGAGGCAUUGUGGGUUCAUGUUACAUGUGCUUGGUUCAGGCCUGAAGUCGCUUUUGCAAGUGACGAAAAGAUGGAGCCUGCUCUUGGGAUCCUGAGUAUUCCAUCUAAUUCUUUUGUUAAGAUUUGUGUUAUUUGCAAGCAAAUUCAUGGCUCAUGCAUGCAAUGUUGCAAGUGUUCCACUUAUUACCACGCGAUGUGUGCAUCAAGGGCAGGGUAUCGCAUGGAGCUACACUGCUCGGAAAAGAAUGGCAGGCAAAUCACGAAAAUGAUUUCUUAUUGUGCUUAUCACAGGGCCCCAAAUCCAGAUACUGUCUUAAUUAUACAGACUCCUCUAGGUGUCUUCUCAGCAAAAAACCUUCUCCAAAAUAAGAAGAGGGCCGGUUCAAGGUUAAUUUCAUCAAAUAGAACAAAAGCAGAAGAGGUUCCAACUGUUGAAACUACUGAGCACGAGCCAUUAUCUGCUGCAAGGUGCCGGGUAUUCAAGAGAUCAAACAAUAACAAGCAGAGAAUGCAAGAAGAAACCGUUACUCACCGAGUGAAAGGACAUUCCCAUCAUCCCUUGGGAGACAUAGAAAACUUGAACGCUUUCAUGCAGGUUGCUGAGGAACCAAAAUCCUUUUCUUCUUUCAGAGAACGGCUUUACCACUUACAGAGAACCGAAAACAAUCGUGUUUGCUUUGGUAGAUCUGGCAUACAUGGCUGGGGUCUCUUCGCACGUAAAAAUAUUCAAGAAGGAGAUAUGGUUCUUGAAUAUCGUGGAGAGCAGGUGAGGCGUAGUAUUGCAGAUCUUAGGGAAGCACGUUACAGAUCGGAAGGCAAAGACUGCUAUCUCUUUAAGAUCAGUGAAGAGGUAGUGGUGGAUGCUACUGAUAAAGGGAACAUAGCACGCUUAAUCAAUCAUUCGUGCAUGCCCAAUUGCUACGCGAGGAUCAUGAGUGUUGGUGAUGAUGAGAGCCGUAUUGUACUUAUUGCUAAGACCAACGUAGCUGCUGGUGACGAGCUAACGUAUGACUACUUAUUUGAUCCUGACGAACCCGAAGAAUUCAAAGUCCCUUGUUUGUGUAAAGCUCCAAACUGCCGACAGUUCAUGAAUUAGGAUACAACAAUUGCACAGCCAUUGUUUCUCCGUAAGGAACACUAACCCAUUCCCUCUUUCGUAGGAUCUCACAGUUCUUAUACCCAAAAAUUGUAAUUUUGUCGAGGAAAAAGGAAAGGUAAAAAAAAAAAAAAAGGGGGGGAGAGUGUUAAUUCUUUUUUUUUUUUUCCCCCGCUGUAAUUUUGUUCGGACAAACCUUUCAAAGCUUAAUAAAAGCUAUAAAAAUUUGCGAGCUUUUUGGCUCUUGGCAUUUGUGUGUAAUUGUCUGCUAACUUCU